AUGCGCUUCUCAUUCGUAGCUCUCCCCCUCUCCAUUCUCGUCGCUGGAUCCUCAGCAUCCACUAUCCACGCCCGUCAGCUACCCAGUUGCGCGGUGUCCUGCACCACCAGCUCCAACAUCAACUACGGCAACUGUAGCACCACAGACGACGCCUGUCUCUGCCAGGACACCUCCUUCGUCACCAGCGUCGAGACUUGCAUCAACUCGAAUUGCUCCGGAAGCGACCUUCAAACCGCCCUCUCCGAAGCCCAGGCUCUGUGCGCUGCCGCCGGCGUCACAUUGACAUCAGAAGCCGUUUCGGCCACGUCGACUUCCCCGGGUUCUUCGUCGUCUUCGGGCUCUGGCGCUGGCUCUUCACCCGCAUCGACAUCAGCAUCAGCAUCAGCAUCAGCGACCUCCACCACGUCCGCUAGCAAUGGUGCCCUUACUGUCGGCGCCAAUGCCUUUGCCGGUCUCACCGCCAUUGGAUUCGUCGCUCUCGCGUUGUAA